AGAUAGAGGUGGAGUUUAACAUGAUGAAGAGUUCCUGUUAGACAUCUAGAGAGACAAAGCUGUGCAGAAGGAGGCCUGGGUUUGGGGUUGUCCUGGGCCUGCCCACCUGCUAAGCCCCGCCCCACCUGCCAACCCUAUAGAUGGAUCAGUCUGAGCAGAAUCCCCCUCCACAGUGAGGACGUACCCCUGCUGAACAAGUCCUAAGAAGCUCAGAGAAGUUGUCCAGCCCCUGGUCUUCAUCAUCAUCACCGUUCCCUGGAAGCUGUGAGGUCACGAUGGGCAUCUCUCUCCUCCUCAGAGUCCUCCUGCUGCUCCUCGGAGCGUCUCUCCUCCUUAUCGGGGUCCCAGCUCAGAGGAUCAGAGCUGGUCGUCUGAACAUGAAGGUUCGGAUCAACGCCACCGGCGACACCAUCGUCAUGAAGUUUGUGCGCCCGAGUUCAGACGUAAAGCUGGAGGGCUACAUCCUGGGAUACGGCAGCAGCAUGUUCUCCAAACAGUUCAUCCAGCUGCCUGAGAACGGACAGCCGUACCAGACCGAGCUGGAUGCAGAACCAAAGUACCUGGUGGCCGUGCAACCGAUCCCGGCCAACGACGUGAAGAAACAGUGCACCGGUAAGGUGAACCUGGAGAAGCCGCUUCACCUGGUGAUCGGCUCAGUUAGCCCCACAGCGGUGCUGCUGUCCUGGGGAAACCACCUGAAGACGCCCUAUGAAGGGAACAUCAUGAACGAGUGUCUGGAGGAUGGAUUUUACACGAUCCGCUACAGGGAGAGAAACAGGAAGUGGAUCUACCAGACAUGUCCAACCAGUGACACGGUUGUGGAUAACCUGAAGCCCAACACUCCGUAUGAGUUUGGUGUUCGCUCCAAUAAGGACAACCGGAGCGGCAUGUGGAGCAAGCCGGUGAUCCACAACACCAACAUGGGCCAUAAAAACACUCAGCAGACGUACAAGCACCAUACUUCGUCAACGCCAUUGAAACCUCGGGCCUUCCUCCCGGUUCGUCCCGCUCUGCACAAUGGCACAAGACCUCAACCCCCCUCUCUGACCAAAUUUCCUGGUUUCCCAGGAUCUCCACGCACCUCUUUUGAGUCCCCUGAGAGCCAGCAGGAAACUCUCCCUCUGCCAGGCUCUGAGCCUAAACUUCCCUCCGAGUCACCUGGAAGCAUUUUUAGGUCCAACAGAACCCGAGCGGCAAAUGGUCUGACUCCUGCCCUCCCCAAACUCCUGCCCACCACCACCACCUCCACCACCUCCACCACCUCCUCCACUACCUCCACCACCACCACCACCACCACCACCAUCGCCACCACAACUUCCCCUCGCACCAACACCACUACCUCCUCCCCCAUCACUAAAUUACCAUCCUAUGGCGGCUCACUUCCUGGGCAGACCACUAAGGCCCCUCCCAUUCGUGCACCUGAGAAACGUCCCAGUCCUACGGCUGUCCUCAGACCACAAGAUGGCUCCUUGCUGCUCAGAUCAGCACUGGCCAAUGAACGAGCCAGAGCUAACACCUGGGGUCCAGGUAGCAAGAAAAACAUGAACCCGUCAUUGCCUUUGAAACCCUACAGCCCAGCAGCAUCUGGAUCCAUGAGGCCUGGGUUGAGAACUCCCCUCUAUCCUUUCUCUAACGGCUUCAGACAAACCCACACUUCCUCUAGAUCCAGUAACUCGUCCCCGUCCUCAGGGAUACUCGGGGUAAAUGGACAGCCACACCGGGGCCUGUCCCCACCCAAACCAGCCUUAUGGUCCAGAACUCACCUGGGAUCUCCAGUCCGUCCAGUCGUCAACAUGAAGCCAAAUGAUGUACGAAAGCUUGGAGAGACCGACAAGUUAAACCGCAUUGAGAAGAGUGAAAAGUCAGAUUUCUUGCCUCGUAAAGUCCCAGCAGCAACUGCCAAGCCGACCAAACAGGAGCGAAGAAAGACAACAACUGCAGCUCCGACGGCUGCCGUGACACGACAGGAAACAUGGGAAAAGUCAGACCUCUUCAAGGCACAGCCCAGCUCUGACGUUGAUGCUCUUGGGAAUAAACGUUAUGUGGCACCGCAUGUUGUCUACCAAACUGGUAAGAAACCUGACGAGCCCUGCUCCAUCACCUCCUCCCUUACAUAUUUCCCUGAAGACGAACGCGGUGAGAAAAGAUCGACAUCUCCUCCUAAGAGUCCACCAUCCAACCUCACUGUGGUGACAGUAGAAGGGUGUCCAUCCUUCAUCAUUUUGGACUGGGAGAAAACAGACAACGACACCACCGAAUAUGAAGUCAUCUCCACUGCAAAAGGACCUGACGGAGAACGGGUGUCUAUCUUGACCACCGACCAGACUCACACUGCAGUGGAAAACCUCAAUCCUGAGAGCAGUUAUGAGUUUAAGGUGAAGCCAAAGAAUGAGCUGGGAGAAGGUCCUCCAAGUGAACCAGUCUCCUUCAACACAGAGUCUGCGGAUCCUCGUGUUAGUGAGAACGUUUCAGGAAAAGAUGCCAUCUGGACCCAGUUCCCCUUUAAGACUGACUCAUACUCGGACUGCCAUGGCAAGCAGUAUGUCAAACGAACCUGGUACCGCAAGUUUGUUGGUGUCCAGUUGUGCAACUCGCUGAGGUACAAGAUCUACCUGAGUGACUCGCUCAAUGGGAACUUCUACAAUAUUGGAGAUCAGAGUGGCUUUGGUGAGGACCACUGUCAGUUUGUGGAUUCAUUUCUGGAUGGACGAACAGGCCGGCAGCUCAGAUCCUACCAGCUCCCUUCCAGAACUGGAUACUACAGAGCUCUGCGCCAGGAGCCGGUCCAUUUUGGACAGAUAGGAGGACAUUCCCACGUCAAUUAUGUUUCCUGGUAUGAGUGUGGAACGCCCAUCCCAGGGAAAUGGUAGACAGUCUCAGCUCCAUGGUCACUUUUCUAAAUGAAGAGGCUCAUCACCUCAGCUGGGACGUGCAAGGGUUUAAAAUCCUCCUCAGACCAGAUCUGUUUCAUCGCUUGGUGCUGUAAGAAGAUGAUGUACAGGACUUCCUGGUCAGGGAAUCGUAUCAGAUCAAGGAGAGAGAUGAUUUUUGUUUUUUUCAUUAUAGCAGACGUUCCUCAUCUUUACUAUUUAUCGAACAGAAACGCUACAGAGACGUUAGAUCAGAAACCAACAUGAGCGUUCCAUUAACUCAUGGUAAAUAUUUUUAUUUUUUCUUCAAAAUGAUGGGAAGCUGGCUCCCUGGAUUACUAUUUUCAUAACUUGUGAGAUUUUAUUUAUCAGAAGGCAUUGAUCCAUUCUUUCAGGUGGGAGGAUGUAUUUUUCUUUGAUCUAAAAGGAAACUUUUCAGUAACAUGAGCAGUCUAUUAAUGUCUGCAGCGUUCUGCUAAACUCCGCAUCAUCCCGGUGCUUUUAGCUUGUUUAACCUGAAAACGUUUGUGUUUGAUGGAACACAAAGGUUCGCUGGGAGCUCCUCUAAGUCCUGCAGAAAUGUACUUAUGUGUAUAUGGAGAAAAUGUUGUUUUUUUUCACUUCAUUUUUGCAGAUGUCGUUCUCCCUCUGUGGCCUUUUUCUUCUUCAUGCUACAACAGGACAGGAUCACACAGACUCCUACAAAGCCCCAAAUAGCCACAUGUUGUAAUUUCCAUAACAAUGUUUUGUGUAUUUAAACAGAAAAAGAGGUAAGCUGACCUGUGAGCAAGUAGUUUGGAUGACAUCCUAAAGAAGAAUUUAGAUGCCAGCUGGUUAGUUUGGCAACUUUAGUGGGCUUAAUUUCAAUGUUUUUAUCUUAUGGUUGAAAGAAAACUAAAACUUCAUACGAACCAUGAAAGUGGGUAAAAAAUAUCACAUCAUAGCUGUUUCAUUUCUACUCUAUUGAAGGGGGAAGUAAACAACAGUAAACAGUGAAACUGAUGCAAAUUGUUUACAUUAAUGGGGCAUAAAACUUAUAAAAAAGGGAAAUGUGUAAAAUGUUAAUAAAACAUGGGUGCUAAUGUGCAAAUCUCAGAACAUCCAUAUUUUAUUCACAAUGGAAAAUGGUAAAUGUAUCAAAUGUUUAAAAUGAUAAUUUCUAAAAAAUUUUGGGGGAAAAAUUUAACAACAGCAAAACAUUUGUCAAAUUUGACCCAGGAGCAAAAAAAACGUUUGCAUUUUGCCUCAAUUCAUGAUAAAUGAGCUUUGGGCGAAAAGAUAGCAUCAUUUCCAAAAAAAAAGAAAAAAGUUCACAUUAUAGCUUCUCCUUUGCAUGAUAGAGCUUUAACCAGCAUCAGUGGAUAUUCUAUAUUUUAAUGAUAUGAACUGUAGAUGAUGGGUAUUUAAAGUCUUCCCGGUUUUCUAUUUGAUGAACAUUAUUCUGAACUUGCUCCAGUUUGUAGACAGUUUUUUCUCAGGCUGGUGAUCCCUGCCCUUUGUGCUUCUAAACCGCUCUUUUUAUACCACCUACCCAGUCCUUUUACUGACUCACUGCCAAUUCACUUUUUUUAAUGUUGUUUUUAAUGUAAUUUCUUGUUACUAUUUACAGAUGUGUGUGAGCGUGUGUAUGACUGAAUAAAGUAAAGCAUCUUUACAUGGGCAUAAUUUGCAGGGGGGGUUCAGGGGGUUAUGACCCCCACAAUAAUUUGAUCCAGUCAAUAUACCCCCUCCCCCAAUAAAAUUCCAUAAUCUGCUGUAACACAAUAGAGAUGAACUGGUUAAGGACACAGCUGCAACUCUCUUGUUGUAUUUAAGUAACUUUCACAUGAUUUCAAAUUUUACAGAGUUAUAUAUGUUUGUUUAAGCAUAUUUUUUGAAAAUGCAGGAUUUUAGUCUGCUCGUCACAGUAUGGCGGUGUUUGUUGAAUCUGUUGUAAUUUUUCCUAGCCAAAUUGUAGUGCACCAGGUGAACACAAACUACUCUUGGAAAAUUGAGAAAUGAGCUAUGUCCUAAAAUGCAUCCUAAAAAUGUAAAGUAUUUGCUAAAACAGGAAAAUUAGGUAAAUCACGAUAGAAGCAUUGCAACAUGUUUUAGCCCCAAAAUAUCCUGAACGAUUUUACAAAAUUAAAUGAUUCAAUAAACAAAUAAAUAGUUGGGGUGUACCACCCACCCCCCCAUGGCAACUCUAAAGCUACGACCAAGAAAAAA